AUGGCGACACUGUCACUUCCCUCCUACGCGCAUUUCUCCCCGACACGAAUUUAUGGCGAUUGCUUACCUGCAAAGAUGACGAGAUUCAUCACUAAAUGGUUUAGACGGGAGAAAACACACGAGCAUAUUCCGCGGCCCUCCGAGCCCGGUGCUAUCGGGAUCCCCGAUUCCACCUGCGAAAUCAACGGGGAUCCCUUCAACCAGAGCAAACUACCCAUUCCAGCAGAAGAGCAGCGCCAGCUUAGGAUUGACAGUCCACGCAACCCCCAACACCAGAGCCGCUUUUUCCAGCUCCCGCCAGAAAUCCGGCGAUUGAUUUACAUCGAGUUGCUGGGUGGUUGCCGCGUACACAUUGACUAUGCGUUCAAGUGGCCGCCAUUAUUUGGGCCACAAAAGAAAUCAAGAGAUCGCAAACGUUCCUGGCAGUGGUGGCACGUCGUGUGUGAGGGGGGCCAUUCAUUCAUCGAAGAUCAUGACUCAGAUUCCUGUAACGACUUCGGCGACGAAGCCCACGAUGCCAGGAAGUUCAAGUGGAACACUGCACCUCCCGGGACAAAAAUUGUGGCAGUCCACUGGUUAACGUGUUGUCAGAUGGCAUACGAAGAAGCAUUGCCAAUCCUCUAUGGCUCCAAUAUCUUUGUGACACGCCAUAAGCUCGACACUCCAUUCCACAUGGCUAGAAUCCUCCUGCCAGACUACACUUCUCUUAUUACAUCUAUGGACAUUUCUAUCCACAUUGGGGGCCCUCACACUAACCCACCAGAGAUAACCGGGGAGUGGGCAAAGUUCUACCCAGCCUUUUUUGAGCUGUUCCAUCACACAUUCCGCAACGUUUGUCGGCUGCGCUUGACGAUGCGCCUGAAGCCGGUGCAGGUCUGUCCCGAUGCCAUGACUGACAAGAACCUCGACAUCUUUCUUGCCCCGUGGGAGGCUCUUGCCGCUAGCCGCGACUGGACAAAGCUGGACCUGUGUGUCCCGGAAGACUGGUAUGGUUGUCUGACAGGGAGAGCUGCAGGCCACAAGAAGUGGACAUUGAGCAAAACCCAGUGGUCUGAUCUACUUCUGGAGGCUUUUCAGACGCUACGUGAAGUAGCUACCUCCUAUGAUACGGAGGUCAUGAGAGAGGCACGCAGCACGGCGGUUUUACUUGUCAAGCUGCACCAGCGACGAAAGGAGCAAGAUGCCAAGGCCCUGGGCAAACUUAUCCAAACAGAGACUGAGCCAUCUGAUGCUGAGACCCAGCCGUUGGGCAUUGCGGAACCUGAGUCCAACCUCGUGAAUCAGUCGAAUACUUUCUGGGCGGACAAAUGCGAUCCUGGGCCUUGA